CUCUUUAAAAGGAGACACUCUGAGAAAGAGCACAUUUGGGGGACCCACUGGUGCGAUGUUUUCUUGGUGGCCUAUUCCUUCCUCUACCUGCUGAUCGCCGUUCCUGUGACGGCGGAGGGCGCAGCCUCCUUCUUUCAGCUGGACGACCCCCGCUCUGGGGUCUCAUAGAAGCAAUGGAAGCCUUGGAGUCUCUAAAAUUGGAAACGAGUGUCCCCAUGGUGACAGUGGCCCUGUCAGUGAUGCUCUUGGCCCUCCUGAAAUGGUACUCCACGUCGGCGUUCUCAAGACUGGAGAAGUUGGGCAUCAGACAUCCCAAGCCUUCUCCUUUUAUUGGAAACCUGACAUUGUUCCGCCAGGGUUUCUGGGAGAGCCAGCUGGAGCUCCGCAGGCUGUACGGACCUCUGUGUGGGUACUAUCUUGGUCGGCGGAUGUUUAUUGUUAUUUCUGAGCCAGACAUGAUCAAGCAGGUGUUGGUUGAGAACUUCAGUAACUUUACCAACAGAAUGGCCUCGGGUUUGGAGUUCGAGCCGGUAGCCAACAGCGUUCUGUUUCUACGUGACAAAAGAUGGGAAGAGGUCAGAGGUGUCCUGACUGCUGCAUUCAGUCCUGAAAAGCUGAACGAGUUGACUCCCCUCAUCAGCCAAGCCUGCGACCUUCUCCUGGCUCAUUUAAAACGCUGUGCAGAAUCCGGGGCCGCGUUCGACGUCCAGAGGUGCUACUGCUGUUACGCCACAGACGUGGUUGCCAGUGUCGCCUUCGGCACCGAGGUGGACUCCUGGACGGCUCCCGAGCACCCCUUUGUGAAACACUGCAGGCGUUUCUUCCAAUUCAGCAUCCCCAGGCCGCUCUUGGUUUUGAUCUUAUCAUUUCCAUCCAUAAUGGUCCCACUGGCCCGGAUUUUGCCCAAUAAGAACCGAGAUGAACUGAAUGGCUUUUUUAACAAACUCAUUAGGAAUGUGAUUGCCUUGCGGGACCAGCAAGCCGCGGAAGAGAGGCGGAGAGACUUCCUCCAAAUGGUCCUGGAUGCCCGACAUUCUUCGAGCCCCGUGGGUGUGGAGGACUUUGACAUCGUCCGAGAAGUCUUCUCCUCUACCCAGUGCAAGGCGGAGCCUUCCCAGCAGCGCCAGCCCAGAGCCCUGUCCAAGCCUUUGAGUGUGGAUGAGAUCGUGGGCCAGGCCUUCAUAUUCCUCAUUGCCGGCUACGAGAUGGUCACCAACACGCUCUCUUUUGCCACCUACCUACUGGCCACCAACCCUGAUUGCCAAGAAAAACUUCUGAGAGAGGUGGACCUUUUUAAGGAGAAACAUGUGGCCCCUGAGUACUGCAGCGUGCAGGAAGGCCUGCCCUACCUGGACAUGGUGAUCGCGGAGACUCUGAGGAUGUACCCGCCGGCUUUCAGGUUCACGCGGGAGGUGGCUCAGGACUGCGAGGUGCUGGGACAGCGCAUCCCCGCGGGUGCCGUGCUGGAGAUGGCCGUGGGCGCCCUGCACCACGACCCCGAGCACUGGCCGAGCCCCGAGAUCUUCAACCCUGAGAGGUUCACGUCCGAGGUCCGGCGGCAGCGGAGGCCCUUCACAUACCUGCCCUUCGGGGCGGGCCCCCGUAGCUGCCUCGGGGUGCGGCUGGGGCUGCUGGAGGUCAAGCUGACAUUGCUCCACAUCCUGUGCAAGUUCCGGUUCCAGGCCUGUGCUGAGACUCAGGUACCGCUGCAGUUAGAAUCCAAAUCUGCCCUAGGUCCAAAAAACGGCGUCUAUAUCAAGAUUGUGUCUCGCUGACUCAGAAGGCUGGCAGGGGGCGGGGUGUGGGUGGCGCCGAAUCUUGUGGUUGUGACACAACCUGUAAGUUAAAGAGAAUGCCUGACAUGAAAAUUCAGAUUU